AUGGACCCUUCACGGCAAGAUGACGAACACAAGACCGACAUGAAGAGAAUGUCCAGCCCUUGCGGCUCAUCAAAAUCCGAUAAUGAUCGACAUACUCAGCGAGCGAUGUCGCAUACCUACCCCGGGCCAGGAACCUGGAAUACGCCUGCUGGCGCACAAUGGUCAAAACGGGCCAUGCAACUGCAUGCUCGACCCCUGUGCCCUACAUGGACGUUUGCAGGAUACAGUCUCCAUGAGUGGAGAUCUCGCGAUUCCAUUAUAAGGAGUGGAACCCCAGUUACGACCAUCACAGCGCCUAGGUUUUCUGCGUACAAGAACGAUACCACAAAGCUUUUAUUUAAACCAAGCCAGUCGCACCCACUGCCAGGAAACCACCGUUUAAGACCAUCAAGCUUCUCCAUUGUAUCGAAUACUGGGAUGGAUCGAAGUGUUCAGCCUCGAGAUCGCCUUCUUCAGCCACCGAACGAAGAGUUGAGAGAGUACAGAAAAUCUCCACAGUACCAAAAUGCCCUUAGGCAGAGGUCCUCGAAUGUCUUGUCUGUUGUACUGGUGAACGGGGUCUGGAAAGACAAGGAGACCACACAAGCCGCCGCCCCUCAAGGCGCAACCACACCCGCCACUCAACCGGCCAUCGAAACUGCGCCGCGAACUACUCGAACGAAUGCUCGGUCUGCUCCUCAGACCACCCCCAAUGUGUCCAUUCACGAGCUUGAAAGCAUUUCUAUCGAUAUACAGACGUCUCCGGGAACUGGGACAGCCUGCGUGCAAUUUUGCGCUCAAAACUCGCACCACAAACCCCUCGCCAAUUCAGCUGCGGGUCCCAGCACACAGCCUUAA